UUACUUGGUACCUUAGUUUGCCUCAAAAUUCAGUCUACUCUUGGAGGCAAAUGGAGGACUUGUUUCAUGCUCAAUUCUAUCGUUGUGAACCGGAAGUGUCUAUGGUAGACUUGUUGAGGUUAGCCCAAAAGUUUAGAGAGUCGUUUGAGGCAUUCCUUGCUAGGUUCCGGAGAGCCAGACUGAAAUGUCAAGUUGCACUACCAGAACAAGAAUUUGUCAAGCUGGCUCAAAAUGGUCUAGAUAUUGAGCUCCGAAAGAAAUUUGAGGGGAUGGAAUUCCGAAACUUCUAUGAAUUGUCUUAUAAAGUGGCUCGGUAUGAAAAUCUGUUGAAAGAAAAUGUUCAAAAGAAAGCUGCCUCACAUGGAACCUAUUAUAGUGACCCUAAUUUUGAUCUUGAUGUGGCUGAGUAUACUUUUGAUGUGUCAAAAGCUAGUGAUAUAUUCAACCACCUUAAAAAGAGCGGUCUGAUUAAGCUGUCGCUGAGACAUAAAAUCCCGAUAGCGGCUGAAAUCGGAGCUAGAGAUUGUUACAAAGCGAAGGAAACCAUGGGAGUAGAUGCAAAUCCUUUUCCAGUUGUGUCUGUUGGCGUGAAUGUUGCAGACCUCAGGAGUGUUGCCAGAAAUCAGAGUCUGCCUUAUGCUCAAAGGAACCUUGCUGCCGAAGACUUGAGGUGGGUUCUUGAGGCACAGAGGUCUAGACAUAGCAAGAGCGUUAGGUCAGACCAGCAGAGGCUCGGGGGGCAAGGAAGGAUCAUUGUGACCAGAAGCUUCAGCCCAAAAAGUACCAGACCUCAUUCAGAGGGUACUAGGUCUCCAAGGAUGGUCAAACCACCACUUAGGUCACCCUUUAGACGGUGGGAGAAAGUUAGUCAUCCCAAGUUUCCAGCCCAGAAUCCUAGAACCUUGAGGCGCAGACUGCAACACAAGAGGGUUGAAGAGAGAAAAAGGCAACAGAAGCAGGUGGAGGCUGAGGGAAGUUCAUCUCGCAGACCACGCCAACCUACAAAAAGGAACAUGGUGUGGGUGAGAAAAGAGAAAAAUAAGACUGUAACCCAGACUCUACUGAAAGGGGAUGACCAAUCUCUAGCCUCUCCAAAGGUGGCAUCUGUCAUUGUGAGUCAAGAUGGAGUUUUAAAAGCAACUUUUGAAGCACAAGAACAGUCUAGGAAUCGUGGAGCUGAAUCAAAAGAAGAUGGCACUAUUCGUUUUGGGGAAUUCUCAGUGAAUUUGUCAUGUCUGGUGCUGAUAUUACCCUUGGUUUUCCAAGCCAAGAAGGAGGAGGAACCAAUCGUUUGUGAGUUCCUAGAACAGACAGAAGAAGAGGCAAUCGUUGUUCCAGCUCAGGAUGAUAAAGAGGAGGACAUGGCUGAUAAAAUUGUGUUUGAAAAACCAGAAGAAAAGAUGGCUAGACACAUUAGGCCAUUUUAUAUCAAUUCUCACAUGGAUGGGACUCCAAUCAACCGUGUCUUGGUGGAUAAUGGAGUUGCAGUCAAUGUCCUUCCAACUUGCAUGCUUUACAAAAUAGGCAAGUCUCUUGAUGAUUUAGUGCAUACUGAGGUUACAAUUAGUGAUUUUAUAGGAGGGGUGAAUCGUUCAAGAGGUUUGCUGCCUGUUGAAUUAACAGUGGGAAAUAGGACACUGAUGUCUGCAUUUUUUGUGGUGGAUACUGUUGCUACUUAUAAUACACUUUUGGGGUGUGACUGGAUUCAUUCAACCAAUAGCCACCUAGUGGAGGCUAGAUAUUAUGAAGAAGACAUUGGUACCAUUCGAUUUUUUGGGAUGGAUAGACAUGGGAAGCCGAUUGGGAUAACAGCAUGCAGCAAACCAUCAUUGUCUAAGCGUGUUGUAGACGAACAAGAUCAUUUGAGACAAGAAAGAGAAAAUGUCCUGUUGGAGAUAACAAAGAAAUUAGCGGCCUAUUUUGCUGAAAAAGUAGUUCAAGUAGACAGGUUUGAAAUUGUUCAUGAAGGUGAAGAGGCAGACCAGGGUGAUGAAAUGACUUUGGAGGAGUUGGAUCUUGCCCCAGCCAAGUUGGAUCAUUUAAAAGCUGAAGUUCAAGACCCACUAGAGGAGAUCAAUUUAGGGUCUGAAAGUGCACCAAAGGUAACAUUUAUCAGCGACUCUCUUGAGCCGCAGACACGAGAUCAAAUUGUCAGACUUUUGCAUGAAUUUAAAGACUGUUUUGCUUGGGAUUACUCAGAAAUGCUAGGUCUGGAUCGAAAAUUAGUGGAACAUAAACCGCCAAUUGCAGAAGGAUUCAGACCGCAUAAACAGCCGCCCAGAUGCAUGUCUGUAGAGGUCACCUUGAAGGUGAAAGAAGAAAUUGAGCGGCUGGUAAAAGCUAGAUUCAUUCGGACAUGCAGGUAUGCAGAAUGGUUGUCAAAUGUAGUGCCUAUGUUGAAAAAGAAUGGAAAAUUAAGAGUUUGUGUGGAUUUUCGAAACUUGAAUUUAGCUACACCAAAGGAUGAGUAUUCUAUGCCAAUUGCAGACUUGUUGAUUGAUGGAGUGGCCCGUCACAAAAUUUUAUUUUUCAUGGAUGGUCAUAGUGGGUACAACCAAAUCUUUAUUGCAGACGCAGACAUUCCAAAAAUAGCCUUUUGAUGCCCUUGUGCUAUUGGAACUUUUGAAUGGGUUGUGAUGCCAUUUGAUCUGAAGAAUGCUGGAGCUACUUAUCAAAGGGCCAUGAAUGCAAUUUUUCAUGAUAUGAUUGGUAAGUUUAUGGAAAUCUAUAUUGAUUAUGUUGUGGUGAAGUCACAUGGGGAAGCAGACCACCUAGUCCAUUUGAGGAAAGCUUUUGAGCGAAUGAGGCAUCAUGGCUUGAAAAUGAACCCACUAAAGUGUGCCUUUGGAGUGUCUAUAAGUAAUUUUCUUGGGUACUUGGUGCAUGAGCGUGGUCUGGAGGUUGACAAGAACAAAGCCAGGGCUGUGAUUGAGGCGAAACCACCACAGAACAAGAAGGAGUUGUAGAGAUUUCUUGGCCAAGUUAAUUUCUUAAGACGCUUCAUUUCUAACUUGGUUGGGAAAACCAGAGUCUUUUCUCCUCUGUUGAAACUCAAGUCUGAGGCGGAUUUUAAGUGGGAAGAACAUCACUAGUUUGCCUUUGAUAUGAAAAGCGGUACUUAUCCAGACCACCAGUACUUGUACUGCAUGUGAAAAAUAAACCUUUACUUUUGUAUAUAUCCACCGCAGACGAGUCUAUAGGAUGUCUACUAGUGCAGGAGAAUGAUAAAAAAUAGGAGCAGGUUGU